AUGCAGCUUACCAACGAGCAGAAGGAAGUCCUCCAAGGCGCAAAGUCAACCACGGCUUCUGCAAAAGAUCUGUCGACUCUGAAGAUCAACGGUGGCAGACUGAUGUCGUCGCUCCAUGAGUCAUGUGAAUUCGGAAAGGCGCAUCCCUAUGGGACACACGAGACAGAAACCGGCAUGGCGCGUCUAGCUCUCAGUGCCGCUGAUAAAGCCGUUCGACAGUGGUUCGUGCAAGAAGCAAAAUCUCUGGGCUGCAACAUCACAAUCGAUCAAAUGGGCAACAUUUUCGCUGUCCGACCUGGGAAGAAUUCAACCGCGCCUCCCGUCAUGAUGGGCUCGCACUUGGAUACACAGCCCACGGGCGGGAGGUACGAUGGAAUACUCGGUGUUCUAGCUGGUCUGGAGGUUUUGAGGACGCUCCAUGAAAGUGGCUAUCAGACUGAAGGAAGUAUUGGGGUCGUCAACUGGACCAAUGAGGAAGGUGCCCGAUUCCCCAUCAUCACCGUCUCUUCAGGCAUCUGGUCCGGUGCCGUAUCAUUUGAAACCGCUUGGAACUGCCAGGAAGUCACCCCAAGCCGGGAUGGCCACCGAUGCACCAUGAAAGAAGAACUAGAACACAUCGGCUUCUUGGGCAGCACUCCCGCGUCACACGAAUCCCAGCCUAUCGCCGCACAUUUCGAGCUCCACAUCGAACAAGGUCCUAUUCUGGAGGAUGAGAGACGCAAAAUUGGAGUUGUCAGUGGCGGACAGGCUUACAAAUGGUUCGAAGUGGUUGUUCAAGGUAGAGACAGUCACGCUGGCACAACGCCUAUGGCUGCAAGAAAAGACUCCGUUCUGGCUGCUGCCAAGAUGAUCGUUGAGUCGAACAAAAUCGCAAGAGCGCAUUCCGGAUUGAUCACAACUGGACUUGUCGAGACGAACCCGGGGAGUAUCAACACCACAGCGCACACUGCCCGCUUCACUCUCGAUAUGCGACAUCCUUCGGACAGCGUACUUGCACACAUCGAAGACGAAUGCCGGAGGACGUUCAGCAGGAUCGCCGUGGAGGACAGUGAGCGAGGGGUGUCGCUGGAAUGGCGACAAUUGGCCGCUAACCCGGCAGUCACAUUCCAUCAAGAUUGCAUUGCCGUGAUCGAACACGCCGCGGAAGAGACAGUCGCAGAUCUGCCAAAGACUGCUGAAGACGGGAAAUUGUGGAAACACAUGGUCAGUGGUGCGGGCCACGACAGUUUCCAUACCAGUCGAAGAUGUCCGACAGGCAUGAUCUUUACGCCAACGAGAGAAGGACUGUCACACACGCCGACUGAAUACUGCAGUCCUGAAGAGUGUGCACUUGGUGCGCAGGUGCUGCUUGGAGCAGUGCUGAGGUACGAUAGGUUGCGAGCGGGGAGGGGAAUGCUCGCUUGAAAAGAGCUCAUCUUGAGGGAGCGUAAAUGAAAACUUGGGAUUCUUCUGCAAUGAAGUCUAAAGAGCUAGAUCUGAUAUCUUAGGAGCCGG